GACGACUGACAAUGGAAGCAGAGGCUCACCAAUUUGCAUUCCCUAAUUCGCGAUUCGCUGCCUCUCCUUCGCUUUUCCCGAGAUUCUUCUUUGGCAGUUACGCAUCGGGCGCAUUUUUGCUUUAAUCUCUCUAUCUCCGCCGCCAGCUAUCACUUUUCACCAUCUUCGGCCGUGUGAUAAGAAUUUCUGUUCCGUUUGAGGUUUAUUGCUGUUCGGAGAUGGUGGGGCACGGCACAGCCAAAUCGGACAUCUCGUUCGCUGGAACCUUUGCCAGUAGCGCUUUUGCGGCUUGCUUCGCUGAGAUUUGUACUAUUCCAUUGGACACUGCCAAGGUCCGGCUUCAACUGCAAAAGAAAGCUGUGGCGGGGGAGGCUUUGCCGAAAUAUAAGGGAAUGCUAGGAACUGUAGGAACUAUUGCAAGAGAAGAGGGGUUAGCUUCUCUGUGGAAGGGAAUUGUGCCGGGUCUGCAUCGUCAGUUCUUGUUUGGAGGUCUAAGGAUUGGCUUGUACGAACCUGUUAGGAACUUAUAUGUUGGGAAAGAUCAUGUUGGGGAUGUGCCAUUAUCAAAGAAAAUACUUGCUGGUAUUACAACAGGCGCCUUAGGUAUAAUGAUUGCCAAUCCUACUGAUCUUGUUAAAGUACGACUUCAGUCUGAGGGAAAGCUGCCUCCUGGUGUCCCUAGGCGUUACUCUGGAGCUGUCAGUGCAUAUUCUACGAUCGUGAAACAGGAAGGAGUUAAAGCUUUGUGGACUGGACUUGGACCCAACGUUGCCCGCAAUGCUAUCAUAAAUGCUGCUGAAUUAGCCAGUUAUGAUCAAGUGAAGGAGACAAUUCUGAAAAUCCCAGGUUUCACAGACAAUGUUGUCACCCAUAUUCUUUCUGGUUUAGGAGCUGGAUUCUUUGCAGUUUGCAUCGGCUCUCCCGUUGACGUGGUGAAGUCUAGAAUGAUGGGAGAUUCUUCAUACAAAAGCACAUUGGACUGCUUUGUCAAGACUCUGAAGAAUGAUGGACCUUUGGCAUUCUACAAAGGCUUCAUCCCCAACUUUGGACGGCUCGGAUCAUGGAAUGUAUUGAUGUUUUUGACAUUGGAGCAGGCUAAAAAGUUCGUCAGAAGUUUGGAGUCGUCUUAAAAGCCAGAGAAACUAGAGAGGUGAGAGAGCCAUCAGAUGCUUCAAGCGCCAUUCUUUUCAAUAAAUGAGACUGAACUACUCACUGGGAAAGAGUUGGAAUGCACAACUCUUGUCUCAAUUCAUUUCUGACUGUCAUAAAAAUUAAGUUGGAUGAAACUUCUUGAGAACUCUCUUGGCCUCUCUCUUCUUCAAUAUCCUGUACUAAUUCUUAAAAAAUUAUUAUUCCAUUCUCUAGAGUUUAGUUUA